UUUCAUAAUACAAAAUAACCAAAAAAGGACUUGAUGGGCGGCCAUGGCCGUUUCCUUAAGCACGAAUCCAAAUCUCCCUGAUCACUCACCUCUACUAAUCUGAAUUCUUCAAGCUUACAUGGCGGCCAUGGCGCUCGCCUCGUGUCCUUCGUCGCCAAUCGAGAUGACACGUUUCCUUCUCUGCUUCGCUCUGGCCUUUUCGCCGUGCUUGUUUCUCUCCGAGUCAGCUGGCCUUUGCUCCACCGCCGCCACAGGGAUCGGUUCCUCUCCCACUCCACUCAGUUGGCGUAUUCUAGCUCAGAGUAGUAGUAGCAGUAAAACGUUCAUGGACGGCGGUAAAGGUUCGGAACUCAGGGAAGCGUUCAAGGUGUUCGACGCCGGGUUCUUCAGUGAGGCCAAGGUGCUGAAAGUUGCUGAAGAAGCGGUGGAGUUUAACCUGCCGAUUGCAGAAUCGAACAGGAAGUCGGUUGCUUUGGAGAACGGCGGGCUGCAGAAUCCGUCUUGUUUGGUCUUUAACUCGGUGUGGGGCAGCAGCCAUGGUGGUGGAGCUGUUGAGAAGAAUGCCGUUGUCAAGAGAUUUAAGUACCCUUCCCUCUCCGGCGUCAAGAGGCCUGAAAAUGACGAGGAUGUUGCCUUUAUGGAGAUACUUGAACUAGGGGAGCUUCUUCGGACCAAGCAAGUUACAUCUCAUGAAAUAACCACAAUUUUCCUGCAUCGAUUGAAGAGGUAUAAUGGAGCUCUUGAAUCUGUGAUCACAAUUACAGAAGACUUGGCUUAUGAGCAAGCCAAAAAAGCUGAUGAAUUGCUUGCCAAAGGAGACUAUCUGGGACCUCUCCAUGGAAUACCUUACGGGUUGAAGGAUAUUAUAGCAGUACCUGGAUACAAAACUACAUGGGGGUCAACAAGUUUCAAGAACCAAAUCCUUGACAUGGAAGCCACAGUCUACCAAAGGUUGAGGGCUGCAGGGGCAGUUCUAGUUGCUAAGCUCGUUUCAGGAUCCCUUGCCUACGAUGACAUCUGGUUUGGAGGUCGGACGAGAAAUCCUUGGAACAUUGAAGAGUUCUCCACUGGUUCAUCUGCCGGACCUGCUUCCAGCACCUCAGCUGGAAUGGUUCCCUUUGCAAUUGGUUCUGAAACAGCCGGAUCGAUCACGUAUCCUGCUGCCCGUUGUGGGGUGACUGCAUUUCGGCCAACUUUUGGCACUGUUGCCCGAACUGGUGUGAUGAGCAUAUCUGAAAGCUUGGAUAAGCUUGGCCCUUUCUGCAGAAGCGCCCGUGAUUGUUCCAUUGUUCUUGAUGCCAUUCGUGGGAAAGAUUCUAACGAUAUCUCAUCCAGAGAUGUUCCUCUUCACGACCCGUUUUCAGUAGAUAUUACGAAACUCACUGUCGGGUAUCUGGAUGACGCAGAAAUGGAGGUUGUGGAUGUGCUCAAGUCAAAGGGCGUGAAAAUGGUUCCUUACAAACUUAACUACACAGUGGAUUCCGUCCAAGGGAUCCUAAACUUCACGAUGGACGUCGACAUGCUGGCCCACUUCGACAAGUGGCAGCGAGAUGGGCUAGACGACACUUAUGAAGCUCAGGAUCAAUGGCCCACCGAGCUCCGACGUGCUCGGGUAAUCCCAGCUGUGGAUUACCUCCAGGCUCAAAGAGCCAGAGGGAAGCUGAUCAGGGAAGUGAAAGAAGGCUUCACAGUAGAUGCAUUCAUCGGAAAUGUCACGGAUUGGGAGAAAGUAUGUUUGGGUAAUCUAGUUGGAUUGCCGGUCAUGGUUGUUCCUACUGGGUUCAAGAACAUCACCGAUCCGCCUCCAGCAGGUACCAGGAGAAGAAGCACCGUCACCACAGGGAUCUACGCUCCACCCGAUGGCGACCACAUUGCACUGGCGCUGGCAAUGGUGUACCAGUUGGUGACGGAUCACCAUAAGCAGCGACCGCCGAUUGAUAACCUCGGCCCUGAUGAUAUAAUUCCGGACCCAGCCAAGCAUAUCAUUCCUCCCAGGAUUCUGCGUCUAUGAUAAUGUCUUCCUCAGUCACUUACUCACUCUUCAAGAUACAGUUUUCGUUAUGGCCAUGUUUUUACAUGGAUUUGCCCCACAAAUUUUCAGUUCAGAGUUCCUUACAUCACUCAGGUCUUGUAGACUGUAGUCAUGACAUGGUAGUUUAGUAGUUACAAAAUGCAGUGAUUUUUGUAACAGAUGUGUAUAAGAUACUUGUUGAGGCUUGAAACGCAGGCUUAAACACAGAUGUUCUUUGCAGUGCAGAAUAGAUAAAGCCCUUCACU